AAGAUUCAUCAACGCGUGCGCGCCUUUUAUUUGUUUUUCUGUUUGCGAAGGAGAAGUAGAGAAGGAAGAACAAGGCUAUGGUGAACUGCUUCAGAUAAGGAAGAUGACAAUUCAAUCGCCACCUUCGAUCCGCUGCCCAUGCAUUUCUCUCCAUUCCACCUUCCAUUUCGUCUCUUUCAAUUCCCAUUAUCUUCUCCUUCCUGCAAUUUCUCCACCCACUAGAAGAGCGUUCUCUCUUUCUGCAUUUAUCUCCACCGCCAUUUCGACCUUGCCCUCCUCCUCUCUCGCCGCUCCUUCCAAAUCCGCCGCGCCGGACUUCUUCGAGCUCCCGGACUCGGCCGUCAAGGCGCUGGAGCUUCGCAUUGGCUCAGGGGAAACCCCCCUUGACGGAGACCAGGUUGCAGUUCAUUACUAUGGAAGGUUGGCAGCAAAGCAGGGAUGGCGCUUUGACACAACAUAUGAUCACAAAGAUGAAAAUGGGGAGCCCCUUCCUUUCACAUUUGUUCUUGGCUCUGGGAAAGUUAUUGCGGGAAUGGAAGCAGCUGUGAAAUCCAUGAAAGUUGGCGGCAUCCGUAGAGUCAUCAUUCCACCAUCCCAAGGAUAUCAGAAUACAUCUCAAGAACCCAUUCCACCCAAUUACUUUGACAGGCAGAGGCUAUUUACCACCAUUUUUAAUCCAACACGUCUAGCAAAUGGUGAAGGUUCAAGCCUUGGAACUUUGAUAUUUGACAUUGAGCUACUUCAAAUAAGGCAUCUCGCCAAGAAGUUUGCAUCUCCGGGUUCCUGAAAACAUCCCCUUCAAUCCACCGGGGCGAAUUUAGUAAGGGUCGGGUUGAAAUCUCCUCAACUUUUUGCCCUUUAUAUGAUAUAUAUAUAUAUAUAUUGGCAUAGUAUUAAAACUGCUAGUUAAUCCGAUAGUAGAUUUACCUUCUAAUUUCCUGUAAAUUCAUAUUCACGUUUCACUCGUUAUAUUUAUUUUUACUAAAUUAUAUAAAACCUCCGUCAAUAAACUUUCCAAAUCUGCCACUGUAAUCCACUCUACUGUUAUUAUAUUCAAAUUUUGUGCAUUAUAUCCAUAUGUACCGAAUCUACAACUUCGGAGGGUACAAUUUCAUAUAAGAUUGGCUAUUUGGACGCUGAGAUGAUAUAGGAUGUGGGGAGUUCUAAUGUCUGAGGAGUUCUGAUGUCUGUGUUUGGGUUUGGGUGUGCAGAGUUGAUAUGUCUGUGUUUGGGUGCGCAUAAUUGUUAUGUCUAAGUUCAUAUGUUUGUAUUUGGAUGUGUAGAGUUGUUAUGUAUGAGUACAUAUGUCUGUGUUUAGGUGUGCAAAGUUGUUAUGUGAGUGCUAUCUGGUUCA